AUGGUGCGCAGGAGGAGAGUUCCGGCGGAUCGUGGACAAGCUGAGGUGGCAGAUUCUGGCCGGAAGGGAGGGCGGGUGAAAAUCGGAGGGAGGAGGCGCGGGGACGAGGGGCCCGGCGGGGACUGGUCUUGUGUCCUCGUGUUCCUUACGUACAUUGCCAUCUCGGUGGCCAUGGCCAGUUGGUGGAUAUGGUCAACUGCCACGCCACUUGGGCUGUCUGCCCCAAGGGAUGUUUUCUCGGAGGCCAGGGCACUCACCCAUGUUGACGUCCUCAGCAGACGAAUCGGCCACCGCCAGGUUUCCAGCCCUGGAAACCGUGCUGCAACAAGGUAUUUGAGGGAACAGGUAGAGCACUUGGCAAUCAUUGCAAACAGGAGAGGUGAUAUGGAGGCGGAGAUUGCAAUGGAAAUGGUCAGUGGUGCGGUGAAGGACCACAUCUUCAAUGCUGAAGCAGUGAAUGCCUACCGCUUCAUCCCCAUAGUCAUGUUGUAUCUGUCUCCAAUUGGAAAGUCAUCAAAGCCAGCCCUCCUGGUGAAUGCACACUAUGACAGCACGUUUGGAUCCACAGGUGCAUCUGAUUGUGCUUCCUGUGUGGGCAUUGGCCUUGAGGUUGCACGCUCAAUCAUAGAGCGCAAAGCCCCAAUCCAGGCACCCUUGUUGUUCAUGUUCAAUGGUGGAGAGGAGACCAUAAUGCAGGCAGCGCAUGGAUUUGUGACAAGCAGCCCAUGGCGGCACCGUGUUGGAGCCUUCAUCAAUCUGGAGUCCACUGGCUCUGGUGGCCUGCCUAUUCUGUUCCGUUACUCGGGAAUAUGGGCAUUGAAGGCCUAUGCCAAAGGGGCGAAGCACCCAAGAGGGACUGUCGUUGGACAGGACUUCUUCAAUCUAAAUGUCAUCCCAGCAGACACUGACUUCCGUAUGCUGUCCAUGGAUCACCAUGGGCUGUAUCCUGGGGUUGACAUUGCAACAGUGUUGGAUGCUGCUCCAUACCACACUGACAGGGACACAUUUGAAAGGAUACGGAGGGGAACAAUUCAGGAAUAUGGCGACUCUGUAUUUGGUGUAAUUCAGGAGUUUUCCAAAGAGAUGGCAGGCAGCAUGCCUGACCUGUCUCCAUCUGACAGUGAAGCAGUGGUGUUCUUUGAUGUUUUCCACUCCUUCAUGAUCACAUACCACAUGAGCACAGCCGUUUGGCUGCACCUCAUGCCACAAGCUGCUCUGGUUCUGAUUCUCAUUGCUAGGGCUGCCAUAGGCGGAAUGUCAUGCUGGAAAGUUGUGCAGAAUCUUGUUGGUGGAAUUGCAUGCGCAGCACUCUCACUUCUACUGAGCAUGGCUGUACCGGGGCUGGUGGGAGUUCUAAGGGUGUUGGCAACAGGGAAGCCCAUGAUUUGGUUUGCACAUCACAUCCAUGCUGUUGGGAUUUUUGUUCCGGCAGCAAUGGCAGCUGCUGUUGCACCUUGGGCUGCCUUCCCAGUCUGUGGCUCUGGAGCUUUAUAUCAUGUUGUGGGCAUCAGCAUGGUGAUAUCUCUCUGCAGUUUGUACUUGACGAAUCUUGGAUUGGGCUCCUCCACUAUGCUUGCACAAGGAGCAAUUUCAGGGGGGCUGAUGGCACUUGUGUUCCCAAAGAUAGCAGGGAAAAAGAUUUGGAGACUGAUUCCAGUGCUGUUCAGCUCUUGGUGGUGGGUGACAUCAAACUUGGCAUUUGGUGGAGUAAUUGUGGAGCACGUCAUGGAGAAGCUGAGCAUUGUUGGAGCAAUUCAUCCUGUUUAUGGGAUUUUCAUUCCAGACAUGGUCAUUGGGGCUCUGAUUGGAGCCAUUGUAUGGUUGUGCUGUUUGUUUCUUCUCCCAGUGGUGGCAGCAGUCACCUCAAGGCGACAGCAAUGGAGUGGUAUUGUGGCAUUGCUCCUUUUCUCUGCACUUUGUGCUUUUUCAUCAAGUGCUUCAUUGCCAUAUUCUUCACACCGUCCAAAGCGGAUUUUCAUGUCUCACAUUGAAAUGCAGAAGGUACCCAAUGGUGAUGAAUAUGAGCCAUAUUUCUUGAUGGUGACUUUGGAUCCCAUUUCGAUUGAAUCUGUCAUUGAAGAUUCUCCAGAUUUGAACUUAAACGUGUCAGGAGCCGUGCCUGCUGUACACUCUGACUCCACAGCCUUCUUUCCUUUCAACCUCAUCUCCAAAGGUCUCAAAUGGCAUGCGCCGCCCCUUCCAGCAAAAGAGGUUCCUUGGGGCCAGCACCACCCCAAGAUUGUGCAGACUGGGAAUGUUGUCAGGGCCAACAACGAAACGCGGCUCAUGUCUUUGGAGAUUCAUUGGGCCGCUCCUGGAUGGGGCGCCCUCAACAUCACGGGACCCAUCUUGUCGUGGUCUUUCACAGAAGAGCUGAGCAGUGUGCCACGGGGAGAUAAUGGCAGGGACCAUGUGGUUCGCAUUGCGCAGGAUGAAGAUGGUGAGGUGUGGCCAUUCUGGCUCGAAGCGGAAGAUGGUGCAGAAGUAAAAAUUGAAAUUGGCAUAUUGUAUCACCAGACGACAACGUUUGCACAGGAAGUGACCAAUGCUCUUCCCGAUUGGACCUCGGUGGGAAUGGGCGUUAUGUGCUCGUCGGAAUGGACUUUCUGA